UUGGAAUGCAUAACAACAAGAUCUCACUAUAUUUUUGUCGCUUUCGCCGACAAAGUGGUGCUUUUCCCGAUUUUUAGCGCUUAAUUGUGCUUGUCAAGUUCACCCAGAGUGAAAAUUCGGGACUUUAAAUCGCCAUGGUCAAGACGAGAUUCGCAGAAGGCGAAAAAGUUCUUUGUUUUCACGGACCGUUAAUUUACGAGGCAAAAUGCUUGAAAGUGGAGUUUAAGGACAAGGUUGUUAGGUACCAAAUACACUACGCAGGCUGGAAUAAAAGUUGGGAUGAGUGGGUUCCAGAAGAACGAGUGUUGAAAAUCAACGAAUUCAACAUUAUGAAGCAAAAGGAACUGAAAAAGGCCCAGGACGCGGCCAAUCAAAAAACAAAAAAGAAAUCGCCAAAGGGAAUGAAAAGGAAGUCGGAACCAUCUAAAGACUCCGAUAGCAGAUCAUCUACGCCUACUGUUGAGAUCGUAAAAGCACCCCCAACUUUAUCCAGCAAAAGAGCUCUUGCUGUGGCAACCCCAACUCCCUCGUCGUCUCAAGACUCUUCUUCUGACGUGCCAAAGAAGAAAAGCAGAUUUGACCCUUCUGUUGAAUCCGAGGAGCAAUUUCUUACAAAAGUUGAGAUCAAAGUAAAAAUCCCUGAUGAGUUAAAACCCUGGCUUGUUGACGAUUGGGACAUGAUUAAUCGCCAGGGAAAGUUGGUGAACUUGCCAGCCAAAGUUUCUGUGGAGGAAAUCAUAAAAAAUUAUAUUGCUUUCAAGGUUGCUAGCAAAACAAAUAACCCUGAAAAGGAGGAUGCAGUUAAUGAAGUUACAAAUGGCAUUAGGGAGUAUUUCAAUGUAAUGCUCGGAUCUCAAUUAUUAUACAAAUUUGAAAGACCACAGUAUGCUGAGUUGAUUAAGAAAAACCCUGAUAAAACAAUGAGUGAACUUUUUGGAGCUGCCCAUCUCCUGAGAUUAUUUGUAAAACUGGGAGCUGUGCUUGCCUACACCCCUCUGGAUGAGAAAAGCAUCCAGCUUUUGCUAAACUACAUUCAAGACUUCUUAAAGUAUCUGUACAAGAACAAAUCGACUUUGUUCAGCCUCCAAGAUUACGGUGCCGCGCCACCUGAAUAUCAGAGGAGGGUCAUGUGAGAUUUGGUGUCAGACAGUGGCGAGGAGACAAGUGAUGAACCAAAGCCAUUGCCUGAUCGGAAAAUGGGCAAGAGGAGGAGGAAAUGAGAAAACCAAGUGUGCGAACGACUUGUAACUGUUUUUUUUCUUCUUUUUAAUUUUUAUGCACCACACAUUUUCAAAAUUAUACAUUCUCUACCUAACAUUGUGAUAGGUGAUAAUUUGUUAGACUCUUCAUCUUCACCAAGUAAAUGUAAAUACACAAGCAUUGAAAAGAAAUUUGUAAAAACGCUUAUUACUUAGAGUAGAUCUUGGAAGUGGAUUUUUUUGUCCGCUCCUUGUAGCAUUUCUUUUUAGACUUUUGUACACUUCUAGCUUGAUGCUGAAGCAUUGAUAUUAAUAAUUGUAAUAUCCGAGAUAUUAUAAGUGAAAAAGUGAGAUAAAUGAGCAUUGAAAAAUAAAACAACAAUAAUAAACACGGAUGUUUAACGAACUAAAAUUUGUCAUCAU